AUGUCUUCCAGGAAUGCAGACGCGUCUGAGAAUCAGGGAUCCUUGAGAUUCCCGGCGAGCUCAUACGACUACGGUCACCUGGGUGGAGGAAACCCGAUCGAUGAAGAGACCUGGGGUCGACAAAGGUCAUCUUCAUUUUCUCGCCUUCGACAAGCGGGUGGCCCGAAUAGUAUCGACAACUUCGCUCGCUCAUGGCAAAGAGCAGCUUGCUUCCCACAGGUGCUCCCGCGACGCGCUUCAUUUGUAUCGGUAGAUUCCGACGAUGAGUUCGACAUUGCGACCGGGGGAAACUAUGGUUCCAGGUCGGAAAUAGAGCGCCCUCUUCUCUCAGAGGACGAGGCGGAUGACGACGCACAGGAGGAGCAUGGUUCGAUGGCGCAUGCAAGUCCCAGAAGGGGCCUUCCAACCACCGGUCUUCUUGCAUCGUCUUUUGAUCGAAGCAUUGCUACCUCCUAUGGCACUAUCUCGUCGCGAGUAAGUGAGUCGGCCAGACAAAAUGCUAUUCAGUUUCAUCGUGAGUACCUGGCCCAUGGAGAUGGCUCGGAAGACCCUGGCCGAGAACCUCUGCUUCUAAAGCACGUGGAGCAUGAAAACGGUAUACAUGAAGAAAUUGUCAUUGGCCAAUCGACCGUGCCACAGACUGUCUUCAACUCGGUCAAUGUGCUGAUCGGCAUUGGAUUGUUGAGUCUCCCGCUCGCCAUGAAAUACGCGGGGUGGCUGCUUGGUCUACUGUUUCUUGUUUACUCGGCUGGAACCACUUCCUAUACGGCCAAGAUCUUGGCCAAGUGUCUGGACGUGGAUCGGUCUCUCGUUACGUAUGCCGAUCUUGCUUACAUUAGCUUUGGACAGAACGCUCGUCUCAUUACUAGUUUCCUCUUCUGCCUGGAGUUGCUGGGAGCAUGCGUGGCCCUGGUUGUGCUGUUUGCUGAUAGCUUAUAUGCUCUGGUUCCAGGCCUCAGUAUUCUCCAAUGGAAGAUGGUGUGCGGGAUGGUGUUGGUUCCACUGAACUUUUUACCUUUGCGAUUCCUUAGCGUGACUAGCAUCCUGGGAAUCAUAUCAUGCACCUCAAUCGUGAUUCUGAUCUUUGUGGAUGGCUUAAUCAAGCCAGAUGCCCCUGGCUCUCUACAACAACCUGCAAGCACGUUUCUCUUCCCCGAGAAUUGGGCCACUCUGCCCUUGAGUUUUGGCCUUAUUAUGUCACCCUGGGGCGGACAUGGUGUCUUUCCUAAUAUUUAUCGAGACAUGAGACAUCCCAAGAAAUAUGGGAAGAGUCUCUGGGCCACAUAUCUAUUCACAGGUUCGCUGGACUGUUCCAUGGCCAUCAUCGGCUGGCUUAUGUUUGGUGACAUUGUUCGCGAUGAAGUCACUGCGAACAUCCUCAGCGAGGAUGCCUACCCCCAAGCCUUGUCCGUUUGUAUUAUUAUUUUUGUGUCAAUCAUCCCCCUAAGCAAGGUGCCACUGAACGCCCGACCUCUGGUGGCAACAUUUGAAGUCAUCUGUGGAGUUGGCGUGGGAGCCGCAUCCACACGCAGAGAGGGAGCUCAAGAGAUCAUUCGAGCUUUAGUUCGUGUCUUCACCGUGGCUCUCAUUGUCGUCCUUUCCGUUAUAUUCCCGGCCUUUGACAGAAUUAUGGCCUUCCUUGGGUCCUUCCUGUGCUUUUCCAUCUGCAUCAUCUUUCCUCUGGCCUUUUAUUUGAAGAUUUUUGGGAAGGAAAUUAGCCGGCGCGAGCGAAUCCUGGACUGGUUUCUGCUGAUCACGUCGACAGUUUUGGCAGUCGUGGGAACUAUUUGGGUAUUUUUGCCCCACGAACUGAUCUCUGGGGCAUAA